UUUUCGACCUCUUCGUCCUUCACACAUUCAAUUGAUAUCUCCAGACUUGAAGGUGUCGGAGAAGAUCACCAACUCGACCAAUUGCGAAGCAGGUGCUUCAAUCAUCGAGUAGGCACCGUAUUUGAGGAGGAAGAACGAUUAGAGUUGCAAAAAUGAGCCGCUCACUCCUCCGCUCCGUCCUAGAGCUACGCACACCCAUCACGCGCCUCCCACCAACUUUCCUCCUCCCAAUCCGAGCUCGCGGCCUCGCAACCACAACCACGACGACCACAGACAAUGUCAGCCCAACCAUACCACCAACGUCCACUCCCACACAAACAACCAUCCCUCCAAUAGCGCCUACCAAACCGCCAACUACCUCCCCACCAUUGCAAACCCACCCCUCCCAAUCACCAAACCAAACAACCUCAACCUCAGUAGCGGAGCUCUUCCCCCUCCUCCGCGCCCAGCCGGCACACUACGCCACGAUCCUAAUCCACGGGAUGCCGUACCUAAUCACAGAAGGCGACCGCAUCCGUCUACCCUUCCUAAUGAAAGGUGUUCUCCCCGGCGACAUUCUCCGUCUAGAUCGAGUCUCAACACUAGGCUCCCGCGACUACACCCUACUCGGAAAACCGAUUAUCGACCCGGGAUUAUUCGAAUGCCGCGCUACAGUCCUCGGCGUCGAGAGUGAGCCUUUGCGUAUCAAGGUUAAGACGAAGAGGCGGAAUAGGCGUUCAAGGAGGGUGGCUAGUAAGCAUCGGUAUACCAUUUUGAGGAUUAGUGAGUUGAAGCUUUUGGGGCCUUCUUAGGGAGAUCUGUGCUUCUAGGAUGGUGGAAGAGGGGGGGAUUCCUCUUUGGAGGAAUCGAAGGCGAGGAGUGAUCGACGAGUGUGAACGAAAGACGGGGAGGGCUAGAUCUCCUACACCUCUCGAUGUCUCCGAGUCUCGCUUAAAGAGUAGUGAUGGAGUAGCUGGCACAUGCUAGGGACUCGUGGCUCGGGGCUCGUGGUGUAUUUUUAUCACAGAUAUGAGCUUGUUCAGGGGCAGCAGGCUCCAUGUAUAAAUCACAUCAACUUAAAAAGCAGAGGAACUAUUCGGUUGGUUAACCUCACAAGAUGAACAUAGACGGAAAAUGCACUUGUAUCAUACACCUAAAUCCUCACACUAUUAUGGCA